AUGGACCUUGAUGAAGUAGUGGAUACAUCUGACGCUGAAGAACGCGAAUUUGAUAUCUCAGAGGCAGAUUGUCAUACCUGUUUCUCCCCCAAGAAGACGCGACUAAAUUCAAGACAUGCCACCAAGUUGCAUGGGAGGUUUAAUGACAGGCAAGAAGGUCAGCCCUCUCCACGGAAGCGUGUCAAGACAACUCACAGCGAAUCCGAGUUGCAGCUGAUUAUCGAUCUCAGUUCGUCGUCCCAUGCAUCGCCUGUGAAACCUACCACAUCUUCUGCGCUGUUUGCAAGGGCAACGCACUCGCCAAUGCGGGCUGCGUUUAACCCUGCAUCCAACCUAUCACUUCCAGCUGCCGGUGCACAUGAAGCGUCAUCGCACAACGAGACUCGAUCCACAGAUACUCAGGAGCCCAGUUUCAACGACCUAGGCAUCCUCCCCUCAUUGAUUCCAGCUGAAUCGGAAAAUCUGUCGUACCAUCCUAUUACUUCAGUCGAUGUGCAGCAACAGGCUGAUCACCAGUUGCCGCUUCCUGAUUCCUCUCAACCUCAGCUAGAUGAUGCCCUCUUCCCGUCAUCGCCCACCUCCGUGACGUUUCCUUCUCAAGCUCUUGCUUUUUCUCAGAGCCCAGCACCUCUUGCUCUAUCUCAGCACGAGGGACUAGUUUCGAAUUCAUCCCCUUCCAUUUCGCGCCCAGCAGACUCGUGGUCGUUGUUUUCUUCUCCCCCGGGGCCCUCAACGCAGUCGUCCCAGGGACCUAUUCCCAAAAGUAUUCGAAAGCAUACUCAUAUGCCCCGAGACUCUCCACCACGCACUCCACAUCCAUCUGAUCAUCGGUCUCCAUCCCCUGACGAACUGCUUCUAAUCUCUCCUGAAUCCCGCUCAAAACGCCUGUUGACCCCAAUCACCCCAAUAGCUCAAGACCCUUCAUCCCCUGCUGUACAGUCGCGGGAUCGAUUACCACUUCCCCCUCCUCCACCUGUUCCGCCGCCACCACCUCUCGUUAUCCCUGAGGACCCAGAACCAGUCAGUCGUUACUCCCUUCGCCGCAGGGAGGCACGUCAGCUUCAACCGUACGCGUUUGACAAGGCGCAGUACAAGGCGCAGAUGAAGGCAAACCCCGAUGCUAUCGUGAAGUUUGUGAGUCCGCAGCGUCGCGAGAUGCAUGGAGAAGAUGGGUCACAGUGGGCGGAUGGGGAGACGCAAGGUGGAACCCAAGCAAAGUAUAUCUUUCCUGUUGACAAUCCGGAGGAGGACCGAGAUUACGUGGAUGUAGAAGGAAGGAGGCGAAAAAAGCGAGUCACCAUUGCUGAACUUGAUCAUGAUAAUCGUGAACGGGAGGAAGGAUGGCUCCCUGAGGCUCUGAGAGAUCUCUCUGAAAGCGACGAGAUUGAAGGAACAGACGAGGUUCGUAAGUUGGUGAGGGAGGCGAAGAGGGCUCGGAAGAAGGCCGAGGCUGAGGCAAAGAAGAGGGAGAAGGAAGAAGCCCUCCUGAGGGCACAGGAAGAGGCAGCCGGUAGAGAAACUGCCAAGAAGAGACGUUUGAAGAAUUUUCCGCUGGAAGCGUCAUCGUCAAAACAGCCUGUUGCGGGACCAUCUUCAGCAUCCUCGAGACGGACUCCAUCUCGCUUAGACGAGUGGUCACCGCCAGUCCUAUCCAGGCUUUUAAAGGGAAAGCAACGUGCUACAUCCUUCAAGUCUCAUUCGCCGGCAAGGAAUCCUCUUCUGACUGACGAAUACGAAUAUCAACAAGAUGACGACUACGACUAUUAUAAUUUCUUCGACCACAACGACCACAACUCGAUCAGCGCGGAGAACGUCAACCCUAAUACCGACAACGAUGCGAUUGAAAUUCCCUCGGCACCGUCGACACCACCACGCUCCUCGUCUACAUUACCUGACGGGGACGACCACUUGGAUUUAUCCGAUGAUCCGCCCGCCCGUGAGCCCUGCAAGGAGUUCAGCAGUCUUUCUCCCGAAAUCUCCUCCAAAGAUCGCAAACGUUUCCGACUCCUGCAGCGUAUGAUGCCUACUGUCAUGAUCAAGAAGCAGCUCGAGCAGCAAGGUUCCAAAAUGAAAAUUCUUGCCAAUACGAAAAGGGCGCGUUCUCCAACGCCGUCUGAUAUCGUGAUGUUGUGGUUCAGGGAGACCCCGAGAGCUCGGAUGUCGAAAUUCCUAGAGAUGAGGACAUGGAUGUUGAUGCAUGAGGUAUCAGACAUCGUAUCACAAGUUCGGGCGUCUCCCAAAGUCAGAUCAAGAUCCCCGGUCAUUAGCAUCUCUUCCAGUUCCGGGAGUGUAUCAGAGAGUGAUGAUGAGGACAGCGAUGGCAUGAUUGACGAUGCACGAAUCGACGCGUGGAGCCGGAGUCGCCGACCUAUGCGCGAGAAGAGUCUCAUUGACUGGAUGCUUACGCGUACCAGGACUGUGGGUGGCGGGAGGAAGCAGAAGACCAAGUCAAGUCGGAGGUCCCGAGGUUCUGGUGUAAAAUCCCGAGACAUGGGUGAAAGCAGGAGUGGACGUUCAAGGCCAAAGCUCAACAUUGUGACAGGUGGCGCGCGAAUGGGCAACCAGACCCUUCUCUCGUUCCCCACAGUUUCUUCUGACUAUGACCGCCGCUCUCAGCAUUCACAUCAUAACAAGGUCCAUAAGAGGACGGAAUCGACAACACCGGCGGAGCACGAGUCCAAGGCGCUACGGAAGGAACAGAGAAAGAAGAAGCGCAAGCAAGCCAAGGGAGAGCUCUACAGCUUCCACCAAUCUGGCACGCGUAUUGCGCGAAGGGGUUUGCGAAUUGAUCUGGGUGAUGAAGGAUUCCACCAGGUGCUGGACCCGACUUGGAGGAAGGAGAUGGAUAGGUGGCAAAAGCAACCCGGAUCAAUGCAGCAGCGCGCGUCUUCGAUCUCAUCUCGAGUUCGUCGAGACGAUGCUCAAUCUAAGCGCCAGCAAAUUUUAUUUUCGCGUGUUGAUUCCAAACCUCAAUCUGGUGUUGAGUCCAGUCAGGACGAACGCCAGAGAAAAUCACAUGCUCGGCCACGUCCCCCACCCUCCCGCGUCGAUUCGCGUCGUAGCCAUGUUGACUUUGAUUUCCCACUAGAUCCGCUACGCGAACGAUCACCACCUGUGCGGAGGAAGGGUUAUAACGACGUCCACGAGUUUAUACAUGCUGUAGAUCAACGGACGUUGUUGACCACAGUCGACUUGGGCAUCGAUAUUUUGCCCUCAGGGAUUGCGUUCUCGGUCGGAACAUAUAUUGGCCGCGGGUUUCUUCACCAGCUGAUAUGCCUCAUUACAGGGCAUGCUCAGCCUGUUGCUCCUAUGUCAUACGUUAUUCGAGGGUUCGACCUUGGACCUGAUACAUCGGUGCAUGUUCUUACGACUGUAAUCGCACCCUUGUGCGACCAGCUCGCGGAUGAUGUGCUCAAAGAACAUGAAUGGACGGCUGCGGUUGGGAAGGAUUGGGAACUCGCGAUGCGAACGGUGUGCCAGUUGGUAUCGUGGCUGUGUCUCAGCAUCGACGACCAAGAAUUCAGUUCGCUGGAGCUCACAGUACACGAAACCAUGGGUUCUCUGGUGGCGCGGGUGUUGGAGGCGGAUAUUCACCACUUCUCAUUGCCUGUUUGCUGGUUUGCAGUAGAGCUCGCUGCCCGAAUCAUGCACGCCGCAAGGACUCGGCGGGGGUCAUCAGAGACCCGAGAGUUGUUCAAGUUCGCGCUCUUGCUCAUGCGGCCUCUGUCAGACGCAGACCUCCGGGAAAUUCUAGCAUCGUUUAAGGAACCCGAUGGCCCUCUAGAAACCAACUCAACUCCCGUUCAAGCUGUAGAGUCAUGGAUAUGCCUCUUUCACCUCUUGAUUAACUGCAUGUCUGAGUCUCCUGGCAAACUAUCAUCAGAACCAUUUUGGCUUUUGUUCAAACAAUUGAUUCAAGACGAAGCAUCAUCGUUCGCCACUGCAGUUGAGGCGAGCGAGUACAAUUGGCGGAAUAUUUUUUCUUUUUGUGCGCUCUCGCAGUUCUCUGUGCACGGGAUGUCGACAUCCCUCAGCAGAAUCACACCUUCAUGGGAAACGGUUUUGGCUACUCUGAAGCUCAUCUCCCUUGUUGCCGAUCCACAGAAGGAUGCACUCACACAUACUGCGUCUCUGAACAAACGAGACGAGUACGUCUCCAUUAUCGCUUCCCGAUGCUUCCUCCUGUGGAAACGUUGGCAUUGGAGUUUGGACGACGCGAUGACAAUGUUCAACCAUCUUGUGGAAAUCUUCAGGAGCCGUAGAUUUGCCAGCCUCCGCCACGAGCAGCCUAAAUUUAUGCAAUUCAUGGUGCAAAGGGACAUAUCUUUGCUUUCAGUACAAGACAGGGGCGACAACGUGUUCGAGUUGCGCAAGCAGGACAGCACAAGUGACGUGGAGAAAAAACACCGGGACAUACAAGUGAAGAAAAUGCUGAACAUGGUUGUUCCAGUUGGCUCGGUGUCAUCGACAAGGGCCGUUCAGCCGACUGGGCAAGAAAGUUCUAUGCUUUUCAACCGACUCAACGCUAUGGCGGUCGCUAUUCAUCUUGAUCCCUCUAUCUCCAACGUUCGACACCGUGUUGGGCAAGCUCGACGAUGCGUCAACUUCAAAGAUGCACACGAUUUUACUAGGGCUGUGUGCAUUCGAGGUAUUGAGCAUAUUUGUGCUGUUAUGCGUCAUCACCGCGUGCAGCUUGGAGAGAUUCUCAGUUGGCUUGCCGAGGUUACCGGCAUCCUGCUGGAUGAAUACCAGGAGGCGCGCAUACUAACAAAUAAAGACAACAAGAAUAUCGUGAAGAACAAGACGGUGGAGAUGGUCAAGAGUCUUCUCACGUCGGUUGUUCGCAUGAUUGAGAUAUGCUCACUGGACACUACGGAUGAACGACACGAGUAUCCAAAUCCUGCCUUUCUUGAAGGACCAUGGGUAAAAGACGUCUUCAGUCCUAAAAAUCCUAUCGCCAUAGAGAAUGACUCAAGUGCUGCGUGCCAAGAGUUGGUGUCAGCUUUUCUGGAUGCUCGAAUGAGGGCCUUACCCCGGCCUACCGCACUGCCAAUAUCACCGAGUGUUGAUAAUCAGGAGAGCCAGGACGAGUACGACAAGUUCUUCAUCGACUUGAACGACCCUGCAAUCCUAGCUGCUCUUGGCGACGAGCCUGCACAAACUUCUGGAAUGGAGUGGAAGCGGAAGGAAGAGGCGGUCUGUGGCCCGCUGGCUUCAGCAAUAUUCCGGGUUGUUUGCAGAUAUGUAGUCGACUCCCCCGCUCCAAGUACAGUCGAUAGUCGCCGUGAGACAGCUGAUAGAUGGAUUGAUUGUUGGGUGGGAGUCGGAAAUGUGUUGGUUCAGAAUGGAUCGAGUUGGAAAAACCACAUGCACCUUGGACCUGAAUCAUGGGAACGGAUACCUGAUCCCUUAUGGCGUCGCCGGGUUGGUCUUCGAUUCUGUCUCGCACUUCUCAGACUUGACUCGAAGGCUUAUCAUGCAUACGAGGACUACUUUAUCGAAGUUCUCCUCACAUGUACUGUUCCCUUUAAGACGACAAUUGAACACGAGUAUGCAUCCAUCGUAUUCACUCUGGACGGUCUUCGACACCCACUUCUACGUGGCGUGCUGGCCGAGCCGUCUACCGGAUCAUCUACAUUCGAGAUAUCGCUAGAAGAAUAUUUGACAGUCCGGCAGACGCUGAUUGAAUCGGUAUUUGCCAAUCUUGCCGACCGUUUGCAAAAUAACAUAGAUCCUGUCAACUACAAGUAUCUUGGCUUCCUGGUUUCCAUGCUCUCGGCUAUGAGAGACAACUAUGAAAGCCUAUUGUCUGGGGAGGAACGGGUAACCUAUGCUGAGUUUUGUCGAAAGGUUUUUCGAUCACUGUUGAGCAGGAAGGCAUUGGCAAUUCAGCCACGGUUGUCAGAGCUCAUUCAAUGGGGAAAAACAACAAUAGCGAGAGCAGGUGAUGACGACGGUGAUCAGCCUAUGGAGAGCUGA